CGGCAGAGUACACGGUGGUUGAAGAGACGCCGGGUUGAGACAGUAUGGGGCGGUGGUCGUGGUAUUCAAGUCGCUGGACGAUUGUCUAAAUACUCGUACUAUGCAGGGAUCUUCGAAGGGUCGGAAAAAUACCCUCGCUGGAUAACGAAAGGGGUUCAGACCGGCCAAAACAGCAGAAGAACCAUAAGCCGUAUACCGCUCAACCUCACGGGAGAGAGUUAUAUCAGUAGUAGGGACGUCCCAUCAGAAGGUUGGGCAUGUGGUCAUGGGCAGAUCGUAAUAUGAAGUUUAUCGACGCCAGGAACUUCCGUAAUUCCUGUCACCAUCCGAAAACCAAUGUACGGGCACCGCAGAGUCCCGGUGUGAAUCAUCUCGAGUCCACAGGCAAGCACGCCCCAACAGUGGCACAACACGGAGGCGGACCCGAGGUAGCAGGCCGUGUACCACGUGCCAACAAGGUGCGUUUGCGCUAAUCAUUGUUGCAGCAUGGCAUACGCCUUGAGGAACCAAAGCAUGCCUCAUGACGAGUAGAAUCUCAACGAUGUACUCGAUACGUAUCCACGCAAGUAUAUACCCGAUGAGAUGUUGGCGUAAAUAUUGGUCGAGUUUGUCGGGGUUAUACCCAGCUCGCGCCUGAAAAGGCCAGUAGAGGGAUGCUACCUUUUUGAUGCCUCACUGUCUACCCUCCUCGGUCGUGCAUUCCUGCGACACGAGUGAAGAGCCAAGAGCGGCCACUAAGACGUGUGCAAUCGAUGCCCGGUCACACCAUUCAUGCGUGCAACGCCACAGCAUCCUCCUCACAUGCAACGGUCUUUCAGAGCAUGUGCUGGAAGACAUUUUGAGCCAAAAAAUUGUUGCGGAUUAUUCGGGACAGGCGGAUGUUCGGUCUCAUAGACACACAGUCUAUACUGGCUAGGAGUUACGAGACACGAUCGACCAGUAAUACAACUCGACACCCCUGGCGUCGAGAGGCAACCCCCCCUCCUCGAGCACUCCUCAACCCUCACAGAGAUUGAAGAACCGCUCUUCGAUUGCUGGCAAAAUGCCGGUAGUCAUAUGAUGUUUUUCAACCGUGUGGGGAAGUGUUGUGAUGAGCUAGGGCCUUGUUUAAGAGCGUCAGGAAGGACAGGAUCUGUGUGUACCGCUUCCUGACGUUUUGCCAUGUCAGGCAUACAGCAGGGCCCGUAGCGUACAGGCUUUCCGCACUCGAGUGCUGAACUUGUACCACGAUGGUGCCCUUGUCGAGAAUGGCAAUGGUGUCGGUUGCGUAUUUUAUAUUAGGAGCCCUGGUAUAUGGGUCUGCGAAUGUGUUUGGGGAGAUGCAACCGCGUCAACUGGCCAAAUCAUCCACGGAUGACCCUACAAUCCACGAUGAAGGCCACGGUGCCGCAGCCCCUAGUACACCGAGAGCUGGUACGGAAUUGAUGACACCACACCCUCUGGCUUCCCGUGCGAAGGCCGUGACGUCAGCAAUUAUACAAGAAUCUAAAAGUACACUUUUCAACACGGGUCAUGUGACCACAACUGAACAUGCGCCAAAGAAUCCAGGUCUACUAGGAAAGCCUGUGAAGCAAACAGAGGCGCUUCAGCUUGCGUCACCAGAGAAGGGAGUGACGACAAUGGAACCUAAGGCGGCCUCUCAGCAUGCUGAUCGUAGUGGAAACCCAGCGGUGAAGAAGAGCACAUCAGGUGCACAGCAAGCUGCAGCACAAAGUGGAAAGGUCCUCACGAAGCUGACACCAAUCGAGAAGAACCCCGCACCUCUACAUAGACAGCCGAUGACAAGGGCAACACCCGUCGGUCCAAAGCCUGCGGAUCCAGCUGGCAAGGCAGUAAAGAAGGCAGCCACAGGGAUACCAAAGCCUGCAGCUCCAGGUGGCAAGGCAGUCAAGGUGACUCCUGUCGCGCGAAAACCUGUUGCACCAAAGGCAGCAGCUCCAGACGGCAAGGCAGUCAAGAAGGCAACCGUAGUCGUGCCAAAGCCUGCAGCUCCCAGUGGCAAGGCAGUGAAGAAGCCGGUUGUCAGCGUGCCAAAGCCUGCAACACUCGGUGGCAAGGCAGUGAAGAAGCCAGCUGCCGGCGUGCCAAAGCCCGCAGCUCCCGAUGGCAAGGCGGUGAGAAAGCCAGUUGUCGGCGUGCCAAAGCCCGCAGCUCCCGAUGGUAAGGCGGCGAAAAAGCCAGCGUCCGGCGUGCCAAAGCCUGCGGAUCCAGCUGGCAAGGCAGUAAAGAAGGCAGCCACAGGGAUACCAAAGCCUGCAGCUCCAGGUGGCAAGGCAGUCAAGGUGACUCCUGUCGCGCGAAAACCUGUUGCACCAAAGGCAGCAGCUCCAGACGGCAAGGCAGUCAAGAAGGCAACCGUAGUCGUGCCAAAGCCUGCAGCUCCCAGUGGCAAGGCAGUGAAGAAGCCAGUUGUCAGCGUGCCAAAGCCUGCAACGCUCGAUGGCAAGGCGGUGAGAAAGCCAGUUGUCGGCGUGCCAAAGCCCGCAGCUCCCGAUGGUAAGGCGGUGAAAAAGCCAGUUGUCGGCGUGCCAAAGCCUGCAGCUCCAGAUGACACGGGAAUCAACAAGGCGACCCUUGUCACGCGGAAACCUGAGGCUCCAGACGUGAAGGUAGUCAAGAAGGCAACCGUAGUCGUGCCAAAACCUGAAGCGCCAGAUAUAAAGGUAAUGACGGAUCAGACCCCAACGACGCCUCCCUCUCCGCCUGUACGAGCAAGGGCAGCGUCGGCGACGACAAUAGUAACAGCUCCUGCUCCAGUGCCAACCCGGCCUGUGCUGACAACAACAUCCACGGCAGCAACAGUUACCACAAUUAAAACAGAGACUCCACGAGCAGCCUCGAGGCUCCAGCAAGAUCUGAACGCUUUCUGCACCACGCAGUUCCAAAAGCUGUGCUCGGAGACUAUCGAUGGGGGCCGGUAUUGCGGAGUCAGCGGCGCUGUAGCAAGGUUCGGUCCAGGAGGGCAUGAUUCCGACUCCCAAUGGAGGUGUUACGAAGAGUCUAUCAUGAACACGACUACCAAGGGCGUCCAGUGCAUGGACGAUUGUGGGAACCAGAUGCAGUGCGUUGGCGCUGUUUCCGUGAAGACAGUUGCCACACCGCCCCUUAGAGCUCUCUCCGCCUUCAUCAGUCAGCGGCGAUGGAUAUACUGCAGUUCUUUCCAGCGAUCUGCAGAUGCACUGUGCAACUUCAAGCGUACAGGAAACGUUGCGCGGUAUGACCCUGGCAGGACUCGGUGGAUGUGUUUUAAUCCGGUCGACAUAUCUCUUGAAGGCCAGUCCUACUGUGCAAACAAUUGCGGAGGCUUCACGCCGUGUGCUGGGGGCCUAUCGCCUGGAGAAAUCCCAACUCGCACCGUAUACAUCAUUCAGCAGUCGGACACAGCUGAGGCGUUCGCGGCUCUUCAUCCGUGCAGACAUGAUGAAAUUUGCAUUCCGUCGACGGUGUACCCCCCCGCUUGCGUGAAGGCACACAAAAUAAUUGCCAUUCAACAACUGAGCAAGCAGCAAGAAGCCAUGGAUAAUUACUGCCAGACUGAAAUGGAUCAGAUGUGCCGAGUAGGGAAAUGGACGACAUACUGCUACCAGCUUUGGUUGUCGCGGAUGGUCUCCACUGAAGAGGAUGAAGAACCAAAGUGGCGGUGUUAUCCGUUCGCGCUUCUCAAUUUCUCGGACCUCUCUACCUGUAUCGAUGGAUGCAGCAACAGGGUCCCGUGUCACGGAGCUCCGUCACCAACAUCUACGUUGACUACAGAGUUCUCGAAGUUGAAGACAAUUGCCGAGAACAUUGCGUUUUGUUCGCCGUUUCAGAAGGCUGCCAAUGACCACUGCAAUAAGAGAUACGGCGAAGGAUGGGUGGCCAGACAAGACGUGACAACGGAUGAUUGGGCGUGCUUUCAGACGACAAAGCUUCCCACGUAUCGGUGGACAGGAUGCGUCGACAACUGUGGCAACACCUCUUUGUGUGCUGCCGGCGUGCCAGAGCAACUUCAUUCAGCUGCUGCAGAAGCUUUUGUCCACCCAGAUCCUGCAUUGGAGCGGGUGGUUGAGUCAGUGCCAUCCCCGUGUCUGACAGGGGAGUCGUGUACACCGACAGCGAUGAAUCCUCCUUACUGCUCUGAAACCAGGCCGAACCCGCAACCGGCUCCUCUACGAGACCACACAAUUCGCAACGCGCUAGACUGCAGUAAAGGAGCACCUCUGGCCCGGCGAAAUCCUACCAGUAAAUAGUUGGGGACAAAUCGACUGAGUCUUACUAUGAUCUUCGACUGACUGUCACGUCAUCAGUGAACGGUACUCCGACGCAGUUCGUCCUACCAGACAUCGCUUUCUGCUGCAAGAAGGCGCCUUCACAAGCAUCGAGGGAAUGUUGGCGGCAAUAUUAACUCGAACAUUCGAGUAAGGCUUGCUGUUUGCUGCCGCACAAGGAAAAGCUGCUUCGUGGAACAGAUGUCGCGAGCGAGCAAUAGCCGCGCGUUUGCGUUUUUAGAUUGCACAGUUGUUCCCCGGCAGAAAAUGUACAGUUUCUCUGUCACCCUGUGUGAUGUUUCGGCUUCGGCACCGCGCGUGUGGCAUCUUCUGCAUAUCGUUGUCAUUUCUCUCCCACACUAGCAUCAGAUGUGGACUAUACAUCGAUUGCGUUUUGACGACACAAAUGCGACGCACCCAAUUCUGUGUUCGCGUGUCAGAGGAAGAAAGAGGACUUGGUGUGAUACCUGGGAGAGGUUGUGUUACGCAAAACAGUUCACAUUGUAAUUGAUUCGACUGCGACUACUACCGGGGUGCAGGCAAACGUCGAAAUGACCGCACGAGUUUUUUACCGAAGGACGCUGGCGUCAAAGCUAGAUGUACUAGUGGAUGCAGCUCGGCUUCAAACACAAAGGCAUCUACAGAAGCCGCUUAGGUAAUAUCAUCAUUAAGAAUGCGUGUGUUGUUAUCCAGAAAAUGUCUCAACUAUUGGAGAACUCAUUUACUGUUUACAGUCCCAUAAGGGGAGGCGCAUAACCAAGAGUGGUUGAAUUUGCGGAUGGUGAUCAGUCUCUCGCGUGAGAGGAACGGGGCUUACGCAUAAAACCGCCAUGUGGUUUCAGUAGUUGACAUCUGGAGUCACUCUCUUGUUUGACACUAAUGUGGCGUGCUUCUUCGGCAGUGACAGAGAGACCCCUCGUCCCGCACAAACGGGCCGGGAACUGCGGUGUGUGUUCAGAACCAGUUUUCUCUUUUCUCUUAACCAGAUUCUUCCUUUUUUUCCUCUUUCCCGUCGCAUUCUUAUAAAGGCACGGGGGCGAAGCUUUCCACUCUUCAGCAGAAGGGAGCUUCAGCCUAUGCGCUCUUCUGUUGGUCCCCGCCUGGCUUCGCGGUGCUUGGCCAAAGUUGAUCUGGCGCCAGUCCUGUAGUCCCUGUCCGUCAUUUACAAUAUAACGUACUGAAAACGCUGCAAUAUGAGGCGUGGAUCGAGGGAUGCUAGUCGUGCUAGAAACAGCUCCGACUUUAGACGUUCGAAAGAGACGUACCAAGAAGUGAUCUUAUGAUGGGGCCUCGGUGAACAGCCUGCGCAGCGUAGACGCUUCCACAUCUGGACGUACACAUCUGAUACCGGUUCAGUAUCGACGCGCACCGCCAUGUGCAGUUGCAUUGCUCCCGUACGAGUUUGUUUGAACAAUCGAAAUAUAUUGGACUAGCUUUUCUGGCAGGGAGUCAACUCCAUGCCUGCAAGAGCUUAAGUUUUCUCGGCAGAGCCGUUUCACGGGGAAAGGUAGUUCGGGCACCGUUGCAC